UCAACUUCCGACGACCUCCUUUUCGAUCCAUUAUGUCAGCUUCCAGUGAUACAAAACGUGACUUUGUGUCAUCUGAACUUGGGACCAAAGAAUAUUGGGAUCAAGCAUAUGACAGAGAAAUCAAGUCAUUUAAUGACGUUGGAGAUGUUGGAGAAAUAUGGUUUGGAGAGGACAGCCAAGAGAGGGUGUUGGAUUGGCUGGAAGAUUAUGGAGGAGUAGUCACCGAAGACCCUGUGAUAGAUUUAGGCUGCGGCAAUGGGGUGAUGCUCCUGGAAAUGGCAAAGAGGGGAUAUUCUAACCUAACUGGGGUUGACUAUUCUGAGGGAGCCGUCCAGCUAGCCAGGUCUAUUGCAGAUAAGGAGGAAGUGGCCUGUAUUGACUAUCAAGUAGCUGACCUAAUUGCUGACGAUUGCACUCGGAAGUACACGUGUCUGACGAGGCAGUACAAGUUGGUGAUUGACAAGGGGACUUAUGAUGCAAUAAGUCUGAUUCCAGGCGAUGACAUCAAGACUCGACAAGCGUACCUUAAAACGGUCAGGCAAAUCCUCUCGAGUGAUGGAGUGUUUGUGAUAACAUCCUGCAACUGGACAAAGGAACAACUGCUACAUUUCUGGGAAACAGAUUUUAAGCUCUUUAAAACAAUACCCACCCCCAGCUUCCAAUUUGGUGGUAAAAAAGGCAGCACUGUGACAUCUCUCGUGUUCACACACAAGUCCUGAUGCAGAACAUUCGUCUGGCAGGGAUUACUGGUGAGGCUCAGCUGAACAGAUUCAUACUUCAUGUAAAUACCGGUACACAUUUUUAUAGUGAAAUAAACAUGUGAUCAUG